AUGAAAACCACUUCAAACUACUCAAAUGUUCUCCCCCUUCUAGCAUUCCUAUGGGAAACUGCGAGUGCCGAUAAUACCCUCUCACGUUAUAAACAACCACUUCCGCCCAACAUCCAAAUAGCCGACACAAAACCUAAACUCCGUGAACUUCAAGAUGCAAACCCUGGCGCACUGGUGGGUCCCGAAAACGGUGGCUGGUUUCUCAAGUAUCCAGAUAGCGGAAAAGUUGUGGCGGCUACAUCUGACAACUUGACCAUCGAUCUGGACCAGCGGUACAUGUCUUUUUAUCACCAUCUCGAGGAAGAAGGGAACCACGAAGAGGCUGCCGAUGUACUCCGGGAACUACAAGAGAAUGGAGCUGAUUUGCAAAAGCUAAAGGCGGAUUGGAACUGCGGAGGAUCUGGAGAAGGCAUGGGGCUUAUACCUAAGUAUUGGGCAGAUUUUCCUGCUGCGAAGCUCUAG